GCCGGGAGUCUGACUAGGCACCUGUCUGGGGCGACCGCCUGAGCGGUUGGAUACGGCACUAGUCCAUCUGGGAGCCCCGGCCUGCUUGGGGUUAAAAUGAGAUGACGGGCUGACUGACGGGGAUAACAAGGAGUAUGACAGGACUGAGGAACCACUGCGACUGGCUGAUAACGUGAUUGGCUAGCAGUGUGACAGACAGACCAGCGCACGGGCAAGGCCUCUGGCAACUUUAGCUACCGCCGCUGUCGCUCCCGCUGCCGCCGCCGCCCAGACGCACUCUGGGAAAGCGCGGCGAGCACCCGCCUCCGGGACCGAGCCGGGCGGCAGGGAGGGGUUCGGUCACGGCUCUCCGGUUGGUCCGCGCGGGUGCUGCGAGUCGCGAGCCGCGGCCAAUAGGCUGCGCGUUCCCGGCCACGCCCGCGCGAGCGCUCUUCUCGCGAGGCCGGCUAGGCCCGAAUGUCGUUAGCCGUGGGGAAAGAUGGCGGAAAAUUUAAAAGGCUGCAGCGUGUGUUGCAAGUCUUCUUGGAAUCAGCUGCAGGACCUGUGCCGCCUGGCCAAGCUCUCCUGCCCUGCCCUCGGUAUCUCUAAGAGGAACCUCUAUGACUUUGAAGUCGAGUACCUGUGCGAUUACAAGAAGAUCCGCGAACAGGAAUAUUACCUGGUGAAAUGGCGUGGAUAUCCAGACUCAGAGAGCACCUGGGAGCCACGGCAGAAUCUCAAGUGUGUGCGUAUCCUCAAGCAGUUCCACAAGGACUUAGAAAGGGAGCUGCUCCGGCGGCACCACCGGUCAAAGACCCCCCGGCACCUGGACCCAAGCUUGGCCAACUACCUGGUGCAGAAGGCCAAGCAGAGGCGGGCGCUCCGUCGCUGGGAGCAGGAGCUCAAUGCCAAGCGCAGCCAUCUGGGACGCAUCACUGUAGAGAAUGAGGUGGACCUGGACGGCCCUCCGCGGGCCUUCGUGUACAUCAAUGAGUACCGUGUUGGUGAGGGCAUCACCCUCAACCAGGUGGCUGUGGGCUGCGAGUGCCAGGACUGUCUGUGGGCACCCACUGGAGGCUGCUGCCCGGGGGCGUCACUGCACAAGUUUGCCUACAAUGACCAGGGCCAGGUGCGGCUUCGAGCCGGGCUGCCCAUCUACGAGUGCAACUCCCGCUGCCGCUGCGGCUAUGACUGCCCAAAUCGCGUGGUACAGAAGGGCAUCCGAUAUGACCUCUGCAUCUUCCGCACGGAUGAUGGGCGCGGCUGGGGCGUCCGCACCCUGGAGAAGAUUCGCAAGAACAGCUUCGUCAUGGAGUACGUGGGAGAGAUCAUUACCUCAGAGGAGGCAGAGCGGCGGGGCCAGAUCUACGACCGUCAGGGCGCCACCUACCUCUUUGACCUGGACUACGUGGAGGACGUGUACACCGUGGAUGCCGCCUACUAUGGCAACAUCUCCCACUUUGUCAACCACAGUUGUGACCCCAACCUGCAGGUGUACAACGUCUUCAUAGACAACCUUGACGAGCGGCUGCCCCGCAUCGCUUUCUUUGCCACAAGAACCAUCCGGGCAGGCGAGGAGCUCACCUUUGAUUACAACAUGCAAGUGGACCCCGUGGACAUGGAGAGCACCCGCAUGGACUCCAACUUUGGCCUGGCUGGGCUCCCUGGCUCCCCUAAGAAGCGGGUCCGUAUUGAAUGCAAGUGUGGGACUGAGUCCUGCCGCAAAUACCUCUUCUAACCCUUAGAAGUCUGAGGCCAGACUGACUGAGGGGGCCUGAAGCUACAUGCACCUCCCCCACCGCUGCCCUUCUGUCGAGAAUGACUGCCAGGGACUCGCCUGCCUCCACCUGCCCCCACCUGCUCCUACCUGCUCUACGUUCAGGGCUGUGGCUGUGGUGAGGACCGACUCCAGGAGUCCCCUUUCCCUGUCCCAGCCCCAUCUGUGGGUUGCACUUACAAACCCCCACCCACCUUCAGAAAUAGUUUUUCAACAUCAAGACUCUCUGUCGUUGGGAUUCAUGGCCUAUUAAGGAGGUCCACGGGGUGAGUCCCAGCCCAGCCCCAGAAUAUAUUUGUUUUUGCACCUGCUUCUGCCUGGAGAUUGAGGGGUCUGCUGCAGGCCUCCUCCCUGCUGCCCCAAAGGUAUGGGGAAGCAACCCCAGAGCAGGCAGACAUCAGAGGCCAGAGUGCCUAGCCCGACAUGAAGCUGGUUCCCCAACCACAGAAACUUUGUACUAGUGAAAGAAAGGGGGUCCCUGGGCUACGGGCUGAGGCUGGUUUCUGCUCGUGCUUACAGUGCUGGGUAGUGUUGGCCCUAAGAGCUGUAGGGUCUCUUCUUCAGGGCUGCAUAUCUGAGAAGUGGAUGCCCACAUGCCACUGGAAGGGAAGUGGGUGUCCAUGGCCCACUGAGCAGUGAGAGGAAGGCAGUGCAGAGCUGGCCAGCCCUGGAGGUGGGCUGGGACCAAGCUCUGCCUUCACAGUGCAGUGAAGGUACCUAGGGCUCUUGGGAGCUCUGCGGUUGCUAGGGGCCCUGACCUGGGGUGUCAUGACCGCUGACACCACUCAGAGCUGGAACCAAGAUCUAGAUAGUCCGUAGAUAGCACUUAGGACAAGAAUGUGCAUUGAUGGGGUGGUGAUGAGGUGCCAGGCACUGGGUAGAGCACCUGGUCCACGUGGAUUGUCUCAGGGAAGCCUUGAAAACCACGGAGGUGGAUGCCAGGAAAGGGCCCAUGUGGCAGAAGGCAAAGUACAGGCCAAGAAUUGGGGGUGGGGGAGAUGGCUUCCCCACUAUGGGAUGACGAGGCGAGAGGGAAGCCCUUGCUGCCUGCCAUUCCCAGACCCCAGCCCUUUGUGCUCACCCUGGUUCCACUGGUCUCAAAAGUCACCUGCCUACAAAUGUACAAAAGGCAAAGGUUCUGAUGGCUGCCUUGCUCCUUGCUCCCCCACCCCCUGUGAGGACUUCUCUAGGAAGUCGUUCCUGACUACCUGUGCCCAGAGUGCCCCUACAUGAGACUGUAUGCCCUGCUAUCAGAUGCCAGAUCUAUGUGUCUGUCUGUGUGUCCAUCCCGCCGGCCCCCCAGACUAACCUCCAGGCAUGGACUGAAUCUGGUUCUCCUCUUGUACACCCCUCAACCCUAUGCAGCCUGGAGUGGGCAUCAAUAAAAUGAACUGUCGACUGAACAAA